AUGAUCAACAAUAUAUCAGACCUGGGAUUCUACAGCGUUCCAUUGCUCACACAGUCAAUUCCCGGGCUUUUAAUUUCACUCGGAGGAUUGAUCAUGACAGGCUCGGCAUUGGCGCAGGCUUCGCAAAACACCAGUCUCGAUGGAAUUCCAAUCCUUCUGCAAACAAACUGCAUCCUGGCAUUCAAGGGAAACAUCGAGCUCAUCUUUGCUCUCUACCUCUCAUCGCUGAGCCAGUCAUCAGUGUUCAGCUACAAAAAAUACUUCAGGUACAUAUUCGAUAACUCAAACCUUGUAAUCGCGCAAUCUGCAGUCAUAGGCUUGGUUAUCGGCCUGCUUGGCAUUAUCAGCAACCUCCUGAUAGGAGAAACAGACACAGGGAUAAACGUUGUGGUGCUUACUGCAUCGCUAAUCUCAUGCAUCAUAAGCUCAAUACUGUUCAUAAUGCUUCUUGUCACUUCAAUAGAAGCAUCAAAACUCUUUGAAAUCAAUCCAGAUAACAUCAUCCUUCCAACAAUAUCAUCAUUGGGUGAUUACAUAAAUGUCCGUACAUUGAUAUACCUUGCAACCUGGCUCAAAACCAUUCCCAUUCCAUCGUGCCUUGCAUACCUUCUUGUCUCAUCAUCGAUAAUUCCAUUCUGCCUGUGCUUUGCACUCAUCAGCAAGAAAAGAUUACCGCUGCAAUCAAUAGAGGUUCUGCUGACAACAUACGCAAUCAGCACUAUCAGCGGAUAUGUUCUUGAAAGCUUCAGAAAGGUGUUUCCAAUUUUGACUCCUUCGUUUCCGGUGUUCAGUGGAAUGUCCGUGUCAAUUGCAUUCAUUUACUUGCAUAAGAUAUUCACAUCAAUCAACAAUCAGACAGUCCACAACAGCAAGGAAUCGCAUGCAACACUGGUUUUGAUAUCCAUUCUAAUGUCUGCCAUAUACCUUGCGGCUUCAUCAAUCAUGGGGUUGAACUAUCCAUACUGCUUCUACAUUCUCUUUACACUGUUCUUUAUCGUCCAGGUCACAAUCCUUCUGAAGGCCGUCACAUUCCUGAUCGAGUACCUUGAUAAAUACGAGGACGACACAGGCGUUCUUGCACUUCCACUGAUCACAUCAAUCUCAGAUGUACUUGCAACGAUUUUCCUGCUAACAAUAUCUGUAAUCCUGCUAAUACUCAACACAAACAAUACCAUUUAUUAA